AUGCGCGUGUGGCGCGCUUGGUGCGCGUUGUGCGCCUGCUGGUGCGCGCUGGCCACCGCCAGCGACGACCAUCCCGCGGACGCGGUCAGUGUCAUACAGAUGAGGGUGCAGUAUAACGAAGAGUAUGUCUUGUUACUAAACAAUACCGUGGAAUAUAUCUUGGACUUCAUACCGCCGGCGGUGGGCGAGAGCGAGGGCGGCGGGGGCGCGUGGCCCGCCCUGCUGCGCGUGACCAGCGAGGGCGGCGACGCGGCGCAGCCGGUGCUGCUCACCGCCCGCCAGAGGGCAGGUGCCAUAACGUGGCAGCUGCCGUACGAGGCAGGCGGCUCGCUCAAGUACGAGUUGCAGCGCACGCUUUGCCCCGACGACACAGCGCCACUCGACGCGGACUCGGACUGCGAGGGGCGCGCGGCGCCGCGGCCGAGGGGCUCGUUCUCGCUGCACGCGUCGUCCUCGUGCGGGGCGCCGCUGCGGCUGCGCGUGGGCGCGCGCCUGCCCCCCGCCUGGCAGCUGCCCUUCGCGCAGCCCCUAGCCAUCGACGCCUCGCAGAUAGCGCCGCAGGUGGUGUUCUACGAGUUCGCGGAGGAGCAGCAGAGCGUGCGGCUGGUGGUGGAGUCCGAGGACGAGCUGUGCGCCUCCGUGUCCGUGCAGAACUACUCGUGCCCCAUUGCGCAGACGCUGGAGGAGAUCAGCACCGCGGGCCUCAGGAUGACCGUGCAGUAUUCCGGCGCAGUGCAGAUAUCGCGGCGUGAAUACCCGCGCGGGUUCCUGGUGGUGGCGGUGGUGCACGGGUCGCGCGCGGCGUGCGGCGGCGCCGACGAGGCCGAGGCGGCCGACUGGCUGUGGGCGGCCGCCGUGCUGGGCGACGGGCCGCGCCGCGCCGGAGCCCACGCCGCCCGCCGGCCCCGCAAGCGCUUCACCGUCACGAUCGAGGCGGCGCUGAGCCGCGCGCACUACGCGGCCGCGGUGGCGGCGACGGCGGCGCUCUUCCUGGCCUUCUACGUGGCCUUCGGCGCGCUGGUGCUGGCGCAGCGCUGGCCGCCCUUCGGCCGCCUCGUGGGCCCCAAGGCGGUGCUGGCCCCGCCGCCCCCUCAGCGCCCCGCCCACGCCGCAGGAGUGGAGGCGGGUAAUUCGCGUCGGCACGGUCGUCGUCGCACCUCCGUGGACACGUUCGACAGCAGCGACGGCAGCUCCUCCGAGGAGGAGCAGGAGCCAGCGAGCGAGGGCGCCUCGCCCCGCGCCGCCCCCUCCGCCGGCCCCUCAGCCGCCCCCUCCGCCGCCCCCACCGCCGCCCCCACCGCAGCCCCCUCCGCCGGCGCCAACGGGCAGGCGGUGGCGGCCGACGACUCGGGUCCGUUCGGGCUGCCGUCGCGGCUGCGGCUGGCGGCGCUGGCGCAGCGGCGGGAGCGCACGCUGCGGGCGCGCUCCGACCGCUACCUGUACACGCUGGCCACCGUGGCCGUGUUCUACGCGCUGCCCGUCAUCCAGUUCGUGGCCGUGGUGCAGAUGGUGCUGAACGUGUCGGGCUCGCUGGACAUCUGCUACUACAACUUCCUGUGCGCGCACCCGGCGGGGGCGCUGAGCGACUUCAACCACGUGCUGUCCAACGCCGGCUACCUGCUGCUGGGCGCGCUCUUCCUGCUGCAGGUGCGCCGCAGACGCGCCAGGCGCCGCCGCCAGCCUCGACACCAGGAGUACGGCAUCCCGGCGCACUACGGGCUGCUGUCGGCCCUGGGCGCCGCCAUGAUGGUGGUGGCCGUGCUCUCGGCCAGCUACCACGUCUGCCCCAACAGGCUCAACUUCCAAUUCGACACUGCGUUCAUGUACGUGCUGGCCGUGCUGAGCAUGGUGAAGAUCUACCAGUCGCGCCACCCCGACGUGAACGCGCGCGCCCACUCCACCUUCGGCGUGCUCGCCGUGCUCAUAGCCGUCGUGGUGUGGGGCGUGCUGGGCGGCGGGCCGCUCUUCUGGGGCUUGUGGACGGUGCUGCACGUGUUCACAUUCCUGCUGCUGUCGCUGCGCAUCUACUACGUGGGCCAGUUCCGCCUGGAGAAGGAGAGCCUGCAGGAGGCGGCGCGCGAGCUGCGGCGCCCGGUGUACAGGGCGCGGCUGGUCAUGCUGCUGCUGGGGAACGCGCUCAACUGGACAUUCGCCAUUUACGGGCUGCUGCGGCAGUCGGGCGACUUCGCGGGCCACAUGCUGCAGGUGCUGCUGGGCAACACGCUGCUGUACAUGGUGGCGUACCUGGCGCUGAAGCUGGUGCAGGGCGAGCGGCUGCGCUGGUACGCGUGGGGCUGGCUGGGCGGCGCCGCGGCGGCCUGGGCGCCCGCGCUCUACUUCUUCCUCUCGGGCUCCUCCGACUGGGCGGCGGCGCCCGCGCUCUCGCGCCACCGCAACCACCACUGCAUGGUGAUGCAAUUCUACGACUCACACGACUUGUGGCAUAUUCUUUCGGCGAUGGCGCUUUACUUCUCCUUCAACGCCAUGCUCACUUGGGACGACGGCCUCUCCGCUGUCAAAAAGACCGACAUCGCCGUCUUU